UAUCCUUUGUGAUGUCUUAUCGUAAUGAUGCUCGAUUAUACGUUGGAAAUCUCCCCGCAGACAUAAGAGAAAGUGAAAUUGAGAACAUUUUCAGAAAAUAUGGACGUGUUGUACAUGUAGAUCUUAAACAACCUCGAAAUGGGCGUGGUUUACCUUUUGCAUUUGUGGAAAUGGAUCAUCGACAUGCCGCCGACGAUGCAGUUCAUCGCAGAAAUGGAUAUUCAGUGGACGGAUAUCGAAUAAGAGUUGAAUUUCCGAAAGGGUCAUACUCGAGAUCUUCCAACAGGACGUCGAGUUUUGUUCCACGAAGAUCUAAGAACUCGGUUAUUGUCUCGGUCGUCUCAAGUAUUAAAAGGAUUGCAAGAAUCGACAGAAAAUUAUCCAAAAACAAAAAAACUAUUCCCGCAAUUCUUCAUAACACGAAGGACUAUAUUGAAAAAAUUACGCCCAACACUGUAAAGUUAUCUGAGAUAGAUUCUUUCACAGAAUCGCUAAAGAAAUUUAAACUUAAAAAACCCGAAGUUUUGAUGAUCAUUAAUUUGAUGCCCCGGUCGGAAGUUGAGCUUUACACCAUAAUUGAGAUGAUAGAAAGUCGCUUUUCUAAUGAUGAGAUACAAGAUAUGAUUCAAUUAAUUAUAUCUGCUCUUGAACGUUAA